GCUCGCUUCGAUACAGGCGUACGAAGGAUCGACUAUGCCACCGAAAGCUAGCGGUAAGGCCGUGAAGAAGGCCGGGAAGGCGCAGAAGAACAUCAGCAAAACCGAUAAAAAGAAGAAGAGGAAGAGGAAGGAGAGCUAUGCUAUCUACAUCUAUAAGGUGUUGAAGCAGGUUCAUCCCGACACUGGGAUCUCCAGCAAGGCUAUGAGCAUCAUGAACAGCUUUGUUAACGAUGUCUUCGAGCGCAUCGCGGCCGAAGCGUCGCGAUUGGCUCAUUACAACAAACGUUCCACGAUUACAUCUCGUGAGAUUCAAACUGCUGUAAGGCUCCUUCUGCCCGGCGAGUUGGCUAAGCACGCUGUUAGCGAAGGAACAAAGGCGGUCACCAAGUACACCAGUUCAAAGUGAACGUAUUGCGUAAACGGCCCUUUUCAGGGCCAACAAUAAUAUAACAUUGGAAGUUGUCGUAUCGUGAAAAUUGCCCUUUGAUUUGCUAACAAAAUAUCUGUAAAAGAAGAAUUUCAUUUUUUGAUAACAUAUUAAUGCAAAAUCGAUUAAAA